AUGGCGUCAGAUGCCGAAAUAUGUAGAGGAUCAACUGAGGCGUGGGAUCGCAGCAAUGUGCCUCUUCUACAUACGAAGCGUGACUUCUUUGCACGUGAACCGGACAGCUGCGAGAUGAUGGAGAGUGUGCUUUUCGUGACGAGAAGCGAUGGGCGGCCUACAGGCGAUGCUUUCGUUCAGUUCUCCGAUGAAGAGCAAGGUCAACGAGCCUUGUCAAAACAUCGGCAGACGAUAGGAAACCGCUACAUUGAGCUAUUUCGGAGCACCAGUGCUGAAGUCCAACAGGUGGUGAAGCGAUCAACGGAGCCAUCAGCUGCGAAUGGACUGCGUCGCGAUUGCGUCCGUCUUCGUGGCCUGCCAUACGAGGCCCGAGUUGAGCAUGUCGUAGAGUUUCUCGGUGAACACGCACGAUUCAUUCAGUUCCAGGGCGUGCAUAUGGUAUUCAAUAGUCAAGGUCAUCCCUCGGGCGAAGCGUUCAUUCAGAUGAACAGUGAGCAGGCGGCUGCUGGAGCCGCUGCCGCCGCUCACAACAAAUUCAUGAUUAUCGGCAAGAAGCAGAGGUAUAUUGAGGUCUUUCAAUGUUCUCCCGAUGAUAUGCACUUGGUGAUGACUCCAACGGCACCAGCCCCCGUGCCUCCACCUCCACCGCUCAUGAUGCCGCAGAGGCCAACUUUUGUACCAAGUACCGCUUUAAAUCUUAUCGAUCACAUGUAUCAUCUUAUUUCUUUUUCUCCUUUUUUAGACAUUCCCGCCUUGGUGCCGAUGUCAGCACCGAUGUUUUGGCCAUAUCCAUCGCCUCCUGUUUCUCCUAACAUGGUUAUACCGGGGCAGGUUAAUCAACUUGUAGUAUACGGCAUCGGACCAAAUGUUCCGAUAGACGCGCAGUUUGUGCCUGCCGGUGUGCCGAUGACGCUUCCGCAAGCCCUUCCGCAUCAGCCGAUCUACACCCUCAUCCAAUCUUGA